AUGGUUGUAUGUAAGAGUACACGUGUGUAGUAGGUUGUAUGCAUUAACUCCGCCUGAUGGAAAUAAUACGGUAAAGCGGUCAACAAAAUUAUUUAAUUACGACUGUGAGGAUUGGCAGACUCAAAUAGUCACUAUAUUUGAUGAAUUUUCGUUGUUAAACAGAGAAUGUUGCAGAAGCAGUUUCGCUGCGAAGAGAGAAUUUUAAGGAAUACAAUCAAUCAGAUUGCGAUAUUUUUUGCACAUCACCACCAUUGUUUCUUGUAGCAAAAAACGUCUUCUGAAUAUAUUUAUAUUUUCGACUAUCGAGUGAUUCAUUCACUAACUAAAUUUAAAAAAUUGUACAAAAUGGUGCAACGCACAAUGGACGUUACAAGCAGGGAGUUACAACCCAUGAAUCCUGAUGGCAUUGAAUCGAAAAGAAAUUCUAGCCUAAUUGAGGAAAAAGUUCAGAUGAAAAAGCAACUCGGCCUUUUGGAAGGAGUUGCCAUUAUUCUUGGAAUCAUAUUUGGAUCGGGUAUUUUUAUUUCCCCAAAAGGAGUGAUUGAGGAAGUUGGCAGUAUAGGCUUGUCAUUGAUAGUAUGGGUAUUGUGUGGACUUUUGUCCACUAUCGGAGCUCUGUGUUAUGCUGAAUUGGGAACCAGUAUUCCCCGCAGUGGCGGUGAUUAUGCAUACAUCCAUGAGGCCUUUGGAGCUCUCCCAUCGUUUUUGUAUCUAUGGGCUGCUAACCUUAUUUUUGUGCCUACAACCAACGCGAUAAUGGCCUUAACAUUUGCCCAAUACGUGCUGAAGCCUUUCUUUCCAAAUUGUUCGACACCCGAUGACGGAGUUCGACUUAUCGCUGCGGCCACUAUUUGUUUUUUGACGUUCGUCAAUUGCUACAACGUGAAGGAAACUUCCAAAAUGCAGAACAUCUUUAUGGUCGCAAAAAUCUUUGCUCUCGCGAUCAUCGUGUUCAUUGGAAUAUUGUGGCUCGCAACCGGACGAACAGACAACUUCGAAAAUUCCUUCAAAGGUACAACCACAGAUCCGGGCAAAAUAGCAGUCGCCUUCUAUCUUGGUAUAUUCUCGUAUUCCGGUUGGAAUUAUCUCAACUUCAUGACCGAAGAAUUGAAAGAUCCUUACAGAAAUUUACCACGAGCAAUAUACAUAUCACUACCGCUCGUGACCUUCAUAUAUGUUUUGGCGAAUAUUGCUUACCUCGCGGUUUUGACGCCUACUGCAGUGAUCUCUUCAAAUGCCAUUGCUGUGACUCUCGGGGACCAAACACUUGGCAUAAUGGCAUGGAUCAUGCCUGUUUUAGUAGCUGCAUCAGCUUUCGGUGGCUUGAGUGUACACAUUAUGACUUCGUCGCGAAUGUGUUUUGUCGGCGCUAGAAAUGGACACUUUCCGGCGAUGCUCAGUCACAUUAAUCUCAAUAAAUUGACGCCUACACCAGCUUUAGUUUUUUUGUGUAUACUAUCCUUGGCGAUGCUGUGCACCACUGACCUCACGGUCCUCAUUACGUAUUGCAGUAUCGUCGAAUCGUUUUUCAUAAUGCUCUCAGUUGCUGGUAUUUUGUGGCUAAGAUACAAACGUCCAGGGAUGAACAGGCCGAUCAAGGUAUCGCUGUGGAUUCCGAUAACUUUCGUUGGCAUAUGUCUCUUCUUGAUAAUAGUACCAUGUUACGUGAGGCCGUAUGAAGUUGGAAUGGGAACUAUAAUAACCCUGUCAGGAAUUCCGGCUUACUACGUCGGAGUUGUGUGGCAAAACAAACCUGCACGGUUUCAAAAAUUUUAUGUGAUUGCAACUCAUACCGUACAGAAACUGUUCCUUUCAGCGAGGGAAGAUCGCGACGACUGAUUUACGCUCAUUAACAGAGUCCCAAUGAAUACAAUACGCGCAAUUGGGUUCGGGCUCGACUAUAAACAAAAAUGAUCUACAAUCACUGCGGUUUUUAUGACGCCGUAGUGUUCUAUUUAAUUUUCUUAACAACGAUUUGUGAAUGUUUUUUUUUUCGUUUACAUCUUUCGAAUGAUUUUAUUGCGUUAUUAUUUUUUUUUUAUAUUUCAUAAGAUAUUUCACAUCACGAUAUCAUAACGCAUCGUUUGAAUGGAAUUUUUCUUACGCGCGAAAGUCAUACUUAUUUCAAUGAAAUUUUGCAUUUUUAAUUUUCUGCUAGAGUUGUUAACUGAGUCGGAUUUAUCAUUAAACUAUUUUAAGAUGUAUUUUUGUGUGACCUUUAUGUGGAGUUGUUUCACAAAAGCUCGCAUCAAAUGUUAUACAAAAAAACAAAUGAAGGAGAAAUGAACACGGUACUUACAUAUAGAUAAUGCGUGUAUCUCGCACAAAUUUUAGCUCGCUAUUAUUACAAUCCUUGUGGUCUUUGCGUUUUGCUAUUUUUUUUUUUUCAAUCUCAUGAUUGUGUUCCUAUAUUCAACACCCGUCAAUAAGACGUAUCGUCAUAGCGAUGAGUAUCGCAAUGCCAAAAUGCCUACCAAACAACAUUAUUAUGCGCAUAUAUUGCCUUCAUUCAAUCAACAUCUCAUUAGUAUUUUAUUUUUUUCAAUAAAUAGUAUUGGCGUAUUUACAACGCUAUAUGUGGAUUCUAUACUAAGAGAAUUGAAAACGAGAGAGAGUAUCAUUGAAUGCCCAUUCAAAGGAAAAUUUGUAAUGCCUCUAUAUUUUCUAUAUUAGUGUUCUCAAAUUUUCAACAUGAAGACUGAGGCUUUUUGACUGAUACUUAAUUUGAAAAAAACUUGCUAACAUCACUCUAGUCUCUACGAAACUGUUUGUCUUUCUUUUUUUUAUAAAUAGACGCAGGAAAAACAGUCUGAUCUUCUGGUUGUCCACAAUAUACAAUAUAUAUAUAUUGCAUAUGAAUUUGUAAUAAACCGUUUUCUUACUGUUUA